AUGGUUCUGAACCGUUCCGAUGCUUCGGCGGGCGACAAGGAGCGCAGGGUGUUGGCCAUCUGCGCGGCUGUUGGGACAGUCGACGCCACUGUCAAGAAGCGUGGAGAAGCCACGGACAUUUACGCUUCAGCGCUGGUGGCAUCAUGCGCGGCGGUGUGGAGCAUCUGCCGUGACGAAGGCAGCACCGCAGACGCCGAGCGUGGUGCUGAUGUUGCGGCCGGACUCCCUGGUGCAGCGCUGCCACUGAGGGACCUCUGCAGGCGCGUGACCGCCGCGGUCAUGGCCACUUUGGGUGAAGGAUCCGGCGAACCCGGAGGGAAAGCCAAUUCGGAACAGGACAGGCAUGGUGCGCGGGUGAUCGAUCAAGCGUUGCGCCGCGCAGGCCUGGCAAUGAGGACGGACGCCAAGGUGGUGGCAAAAGAGAUGAUCGACACGCUCGGCCUGUGGUCGGCUUGCACCGUCGCUGCAGAUCCUCUGAGAAAGCGCGGCUUCCACAUGCCCUUGAGUGCCGAGAUGAAACGCAAGCCCCUCGGCCCCCCCUAG